AUGUUGUGUCAUAAUUUUCUUUUCUUUAUACUUUUAAUUAUCAUUUUUACAGCUUGUGUUACUUCAGAAUGUUUUCAAGGACAAGUUAUAGCACAGACUACAAAAUAUGGCACUGCUGAUACACAAUGUACAUUUGGAAGUAUGAAAGUUUUAUCUGGUUCUUCAUUUAAAUUACCCUUUCCUGAUUGCCUCGAAUGUAAAUGUACAAAAACUUCGAUGACAUGUUGUGGAUUUGGUUUUGCUUCUGGCAAAGUCGUACCGCCAACCGGGUGUGUUGCACACAAUGAUGCAUGCAAAUUAGUAUUCGUCAAAGAGACAAAUUCAUCAGAACUUUGUAAAACUACUAAACGUACUGAUAAAAGUAAAAAUAAACCUUUUACAUCUCGUCGAUCAUAA